ACUUAAAAUGAAGGGCUUAAUUAAGCAAAGCCCAAAAACUUGAAAACACUGGGGAAGAAAACGCGCGAGCGAGCUCAACGUCUGUCCUCGUCGUCUCCUUCGUCUUCGAUCAAGAGGGUUUAGCUUCAACGUCAUCGUCUUCUUCUUCAGCUUCAACCUAUCUGGCUGGAAGCCAAAUCUAACUUGCAGCAGUUCUCAUUUGUUAAAAUUCCUUCAAGAUUGAAAUUGAGAAUUGCAGCAAAGUGAGGAGGAGGCAGCUCUUGGUCGUGGGAAGCACAAGUGCCUAAAUGAAACAUUGAGUGAGAUGUGAUUUUAUAUGGUUGAAAAGUUUUGGCACGAAAGGAAAUUAUGGCACUGAGGAAGAAAUUGUGCGAGAGUUCCAAUUUCAAUGGCAAACUUAUGUACACCUUUUCAAGGUAUUUUAGCUCAAAUAAGAUGGACUUAAGGAAGCUAAAGCCUAUGAUUCAGAAGAGAAUCCAAGACCGGGCUAAGGAUUACCCAGUACUGGGCAUGAUUCCAGUGGCCCAGGAGGUCCUUAAUUCCCGGAGGCUCAUUAUGCAAGGUGUCUCUACUCUCCUCAAAGUGUUGCCAGUUAUGGCCUGCAAGUUCUGUCCAGAAGUAUACAUAGGCGAGAAAGGCCACUUAAUUCAGACUUGUUGUGGUUUCAAACAUCGUGACAAGAAUCGCGUUCAUGAAUGGAUAACUGGUGGUUUAAAUGAUGUGCUUGCUCCAGUAGAGGCAUUUCACCUGAAGCACAUGUUCAAGGAUGUUAUUAAGCACCAUCAGAGGUUUGACUUUGAACGUGUUCCUGCCGUUGUCGAGCUAUGCUGGCAAGCAGGGGCAAAUGAUGAAAAUCAGUAUUCAAAUUGGAACCCGGAAAGUGAUUGUUUUAGUGUUGAUGGAGCUGAGUCGUUGCCAUCUGAUGAACUUCUUAUGAUUGCCAGUGGAACUUUGAGGGCAUGGGAAAUUCUCAGAAAUGGUGUGGAGAAGUUGUUGACGGUUUAUCCAGCAAAAGUAUGUAACCAUUGUUCAGAAGUUCAUAUAGGGCCAUCUGGGCAUAAGGCUAGGCUUAGUUGGCAGGGAACCCACUUUUGGAGAAAGGCAAAUGUAGAUGAUCUUAUGCCUCCAAAGAUUGUAUGGCGGCGGCGGCUUCAGGAUCCUCAAGUGCUUUUGAACGAAGGGAGGGGCUUUUAUGGGCAUGCUCCAGCAGUAGUAGAACUAUGCACACAGGCUGGUGCCGUUGCACCUUUGAAGUAUCACUGUUUGAUGAAACUGCAGGGCGUAGCCACACUUGGAAAUCAAAGUUUGUACCAUCCGAAAGAUCAAAUGUGAACGGAGUUAACUCCAAGGUGGGAAAUUGAAGCCCAGUAGAAGCUCCCUAGGACCACAGAUGUGCGUUGAAUUGUUUAACUAUGAUGUUUGAUGAUCUAUAGCGGGAAAUUGAAGCCCCACAGAAGCUCCCUUAUCAUCUGAUCUUGGUUCUUGAGACACAUUGUAACCAUCAGAUGAAUGACGAGGGAACCCAAGAUGGGCCCCACAAUGAAAUGGCACGUUUUGCCCCCUUCACUUGGAGCAUGAAAGAGCUGAGAAAAUGGGUAGCUCUGCUUUUAUGGACACAGAAACAAGAUACACAGUGGAAAGAGUGAAAGCAAGAACGGGGGUUAGACUCAUAGGAAAUUAAGUUGAUAUUUUCUCUACUUAUUACUGACUGAUAUUAUAUAUGGUUAAUACAACAUGAUAAAUAAUUGAAAUCCCUAACAGAA